AUUCAUGACGCGAUAGAAAUUCAAGCAUUGUUUGUAGCAGCUUGAUGGAAGGAAAACUUACCCAUAUUCAUGAUAAAUCUCGCGAAAGAAAACCCAGCUACAAGAAAGCUGUGGGAAUCAAUUCGGUGGAGGACCAAGAAGAGACCGUAAAAUUUGAAAAUGGCCCAAACAACUCAAGUCAUGUUAUUGAUGUGUUUACGAGCUUAGAUGUUGACAACGGUUCGAGUCUAGAAAAAACCAACGUUGAGAAUAAUCCAGUUAAAACGUUCUACAUUCAAGAUAGUCCUCACGCAAAAGGUGAAGGUGCAAGAAGAGAAAAGUGGAGUGAUUUUGCAGAAAGCUCAAGCCUUCAUGGCCUCAGAAACGUUUUUGUUCGGUCCUCUCCUUAUGUGCGGAUAUUUUGGCUCGUUCUCUUGCUGGCUUUCACUGCCUGGGUUCUUUAUUCGAUGUACAGCAGCAUUUUUAAGUACUUCCAGUACCCCAUUGCUACGGUCAUUAGAAUCCGUUACCCAGAAGAGGGAAUGCGAUUUCCUGCGGUUAGUUUGUGCCCGAUGACAUCGUUUACGAGGACUAAAAUUUUCAUGACAGACGAUGAUCCACAGUUUGAAUCACUAGGGCUGGACUUACCCUCCUGCAAAGCAACAGCGCAUGUUAGAAAGGGGAGGCCCUGUGGUGAGGCCUUGCUGUGCUGUUGCUCAGAUCACAGAGCCGAGGACGUUUCUGUGGCUCUCAGUAAUUGCACCGAUGACUACAAGAAGGAACUCCAGGAGAUCAUUCGGAAAGACAAGAAAUUGUUCGAUGACAAAAAAUUCCAACAAGCCUAUGGUCCAAGUCUGUGGCGAAUGAUCAUUCCUGGGACGUGUAUUUUUGCUGCACUGCGGAAUGGAGGGUGCUCUUACAAAGAUUUUAUCCCCACUAUGAGUGACCAUGGGGUGUGCUUCACAUUCAACUCCGGGAGGGAUGGCAAGGAAGCAAUGAACGUAUCUUAUGGCGAUACAUCUACCGGUCUGUCGAUGAUAUUAGACCUCAAUUUGAAUGACCACUUAGUUGGGGCUUUCUCUGAGGGCAUCCGGAUCAUUGUCCAUGAUCAGGGUGUUUACAUAAACCCCGCCAAAAAUGUCCUGGUGGCUCCAGGGAGUUAUGCUCAGAUCAGUGUCAAACGGAAGGAGUAUACAAACAAGAGAUCGCCCUAUGAAACAAAAUGCACCGACAGCAAAAAGCUUAAAGGUUUUCCAAAGUACGACUCUGACGGAUGUUAUUACGAAUGUAUAUCAAAUGAAACAGCAAGGAAAUGCGGCUGUAGAUUACCAAAUGAUCCUGAUCGCUUAAUUAACGAACGGAUCUGCUUCAGGGAUGACAGACCUUGCAUUAUCGACGUAUUUUCUGAGAUGGUGGCAGGUACUUUAAAAUGUGACUGUCCCCUCGCUUGUGACGUGGUCAGUUACGAAACAACAACAACUACUGCGGCUUUUCCGAACCCAUCACUCAUAAAAAUAUUGCAAACGAGAGGAUAUAACAGGACAGAUGACUAUCUGAGAAAGAACCUGAUCAACCUCCAAGUUGCUUACACAACAAAUAGUUAUGAGGUUCUCAAGCAGAAGUCACAAUAUGAUAGUGGGGCACUCAUGGGAGAAAUUGGGGGCAAUCUUGGAUUGUUUCUCGGCUGCAGUAUUCUCACCAUUAUUGAGUUUAUUGACUUCGCCAUAUACUUGUACCGCACUCGAAACAAGAAGAAAUUCUAACAUUGAGGACCUCAGAAGCCUCUUUGAGCUCAGGCUUAUGUAUCGAAAUGGCGGCUAGAAAUUAAAAUCCUAAGUUACGAAGUAGACAGGAAGGGGCCUUCUCCAUGACACCCAUUCUCCGUUGUGAAAUAAUUCUGUCUGUGAACAACAAAUACUCUCUACACUUCAACUUAAACGCGUGAAUCUGAAGAAUCUGUAUAAUCCUUCGAACGAAUGUGCGGGCGUGCUGAAACACGAGGUAAGCAACUGUAUUAGCCACACUAAGUAAGGCGCGCGGAAAUUCGUCACCGCGACCUUCCUUUCAAAAAUUCUAGCUUCGCCCCAGAUGAGUGUAAUUUUUGACAAACGUCUUUCAAUAAAAAAUUAGUCA